CAUUUAACCUACGUGCUCACAAGUGCCAAGCUGGAUGCCACAAGCCACAGGUGGCUCGCUGCCCUUUGAUAUCCACUACAAAUCCGGCCAGCUUAAUGUGGAGGCAGAUGGAUUGUCACGGCGUCCUCAGGGGAACCCACCCGAGGAUGAGGAAUCAGUGGAGUUGGACAAAAAGAUAUCUAGUCUCAUGGACUGUGCUAGCCUGUCUUCUGAGCAGUUCCAUGUCUUUGAGGGAGAGGCAGUGGACACUCUGUGUAUGUGUCAUGGUGUGAAAGUACUUGCAAUCUCAGAUGAGAGCACAGAGGAUAACUGUGAAAUACCUGCCAUUGAAACCAUCCUGUGCAGUGAAAGUGCUGUCCCUGAUAACCUGGAUGAGCCACCCCAAUGGCCAGGUCACCCAACACUCCCAGGGAUGUCUACGUUUGACUGGCAGCAGUUACAGAGAGAGGAUGAAAAUUUGGCUCGUGUCAAAGAAAUUUUAAUCUGUGAUCUGGACAGUGACACAAUAGACAAGCAACUCGAACAGCCAGAGGUGGUACUAUUCCUCCGUGAGAGGUCAAAACUGGUCCUUGUGGAUGACGUUCUCUACCGCAAGAUUUUUAAUCAGAGAGGUGAAGCUUUCCUUCAAAUUGUAGUGCCUAGUUGUCUUAGAGAGCGAGCUUUCCAAGGUGUUCGUGAUGAAAUGGGGCAUAUGGGCAUUGAGAGGAGCUUGGAACUAGCCAGAGCUAGAUUUUACUGUCCGAAGAUGGCUCAGUAUGUUGAGGAAAAAUGCAAAACUUGUGAGAGGUGUGUGAGAAGAAAAUCCAGAGCACAAUGGGCAGCUAAACUAGUUAAUAUCCAGGUUAGUGGGCCCCUUGAACUCAUUUGUAUCGAUUUUCUGUCCCUAGAACCGGACUCCAGGGACACCCGAAACAUUCUGGUCAUAACUGACCAUUUUACUAAAUAUGCCCAAGCAUAUCCGACAAGAGAUCAGACGGCCAAGACUGUCGCAUUGAAAAUUUCAUCAGCCACUAUGACUUUCCUCGCAGAAUACACAGUGAUCAGGGUGCGUGUUUUGAGUCAGAGCUAGUGACAGAGUUAUGUAGACUUUCUGGGGUGAAAUCAUGCACAACGCCAUACCACCCAAGAGGUAACCCUGUAGAAAGAUUUAACAGGACUCUGCUCGAUCUCUUGGGAACUCUGGAAGACAAGAAAAAGGAGGAGUGGAGGAAGUAUGUCCGGCCCUUGGUGCAUGCAUAUAAUUGUACCAGGAAUGACUCAACUGGAGAAGCACCAUUUCUCUUGAUGUUUGGGAGAGAAUCCCGCCUUCCUAUCGACCUUUGUUUUGGCAUCAGCCCACAAGGCCACAAUCCCACCACACAUUCACAUUAUGUGCGGGAGUUCAAAAAGAGACUCAAACAUGCAUACCAGCUAGCUUCUGGUAAUGCAGAGAAAAGGCAGCUACUGAACAAAAGACGCUGGGAUGCUAAAGUAACUGCUCUGCCUCGAAUUAUGCCGAGAGGGGAGAAGACAUGGCUGAGCUGUAGCCAGUUUCUGCUAGCCGUCCUGCAUAUCAAGUCACCGCUUAUAUGUUUUUCCUGCUAGAGAGUGGACCGAGAGGCUAGUUAGCAAUCUGCUAACAUUUGUGAAGUGCACCGCGUGGGUGGACCGGAGUAAGGCAGAGAUAACUGUGUUCCAGGACUUGUCGCGAGCCCUCACCCAGCUCUGCUCGUGGAUAACUUGA